AUGCAGCUACGAAUCGAUCUGAGAAGAUUCACGGGUGAGACGCGCUACGCCACGUACGAUGUUUUCAGCAUCGCUUCAGAGAGGGCGCUGUACAAGAUCAACGUCGGCAUGUACCACGGCACUGCGGGCGACUCGAUGAUAUCUGCUCAUAACGGGAUGAACUUCAGCACUCCGGACCGGGACAACGACACCCACGAGACCGAUAAUUGCGCUGUAGAAAACAAGGGCGCUUGGUGGUACAGCUACUGCAAAAAUUCGAACCUGAACGGACUCUACGGAGAGGACAGCACGGUGGGAGUCGUGUGGUACAGUUGGCCCGGUAAAUACGAGGCACUCAUGAGCACAGAAAUGAAAGAAUCUCAAUACAACUGCAAGUUUGCUGUUCAAAUGUUGUAUAGCUCAUAA